AUGACGAGCCUUGCAAGGUUAGAGAAAGCACUCGAGCAAAUCGCAAAGGUUGGUGUGCGUCUGAGACGAGACGGAUUCACCAAGGCGACAUUUGUGGAACCAACAACCGAUCUGAGGAUUCGAUUGAGACAGUCAUACAUCGUUGAUGCGAACGUGGUGUCAAAAAACCUGGAUCUCAAACUAAACGACCCAAUGAGACGAAAGUAUCCGGAGCUGUUUCAGCAAGCUGAAGGGCUGCAUGGCCAGAAUACGGGAGUUUCGACUAAGAUAGAUUGGGACGAGUUUUGGCUGACUCUCACACAUCGGCUUCCGAAGGACGUCGCACCCCUCCUGGAGGAUGCUAUCGAGAAGGAGCAUAUUGAGAAGGAGAAGAAAACUGGGGACAAUUCCGGCAACUAG